UCGAUACACGAGGUUAGUUGAAUAACUUGUGUGUCAAGUAAUGUGUUGGUUAGUUAGAAAACUAGUUGUAUGGUAGAAGCGUAUAUGCAAAAGCACUCUGACGCUCAAAUCAAUAUGUAUUCGAGGUGGUUUAGAAUAUUGCAUACUUAGAUACCUUUCAUUUAACCAACUUACUCUUCAAUUCUACACAUCACAACAAUACCUCAUUCUCACUCAAUCCUAUAUCCAUUCUCUGCAUUUUUGCAUCAUCAUGGCAUCAAAGUUUUCACUCAUUCUCUGCAUUUUUGCCAUCUGGGCCAUUGAUUUUACCAACAGUGCUUCAUCAUCACACAAUGCUCCAUCACCUUCUGUUGAUUGUUCAGUCCUUGUUAUCGUCAUGUCUGAUUGUUUGUCAUUUGUUACAAACGACAGUACGGUAACCAAACCAGAAGGGACAUGUUGUUCUGGUUUGAAAAUUGUUCUCAAAACUAUCCCUUCUUGUCUCUGUGAGAUUUUCCAAAACAGUGCUCAGUUUGGUCUUGUUUUUAAUCUUACAAAGACUUUGACUCUUCCUUCUGCUUGCAAAGUCUCUGCUCCAUCUCUUUUUAACUGUGGAUUGUCUGAUGCCCCUGUUCCUACUCGGGCCGCUGCUGCUCCUCGUGUAAGCCUUUCACCAGCAUCUUCUCCUACUCCAUCUGCUGAAGCACCUGGUGAGACCACUCCUUCUGUGAAUGAACUAUCUACAGAACCGGCAGCCGCACCGACUGGCAAGAGUGCAGCAUCAGCAUUGCUCCCUAUUUCAGUUGGAUCCCUUCUUGUUUUCCUUGUAUCUGCAUUCUCAGGCCUUUAAGCCAUGUCUAGUUCCAUUUUUAGGUUAGGAAGAUUAUAACAUGAGGAGUAAUAUUUGGAAUUUCAAUGUUUUUGAGUAUUAUUACCAUUAGAGCUAUUUUCACUGUGUAUGACUUGAACCUACCCAUUCAUAUGUAUAUUUAUGAUAUGUUACAUGGUAUUGUGGUUAAUUAAACUCCCAACUAGU